UAAAGCGCGUACAGCAAAUUUUUAGCUCAUAUGCGGUUCUUGCUUGUCAUUGCCGUCAAAUUAAGUACAUACUGUGUAAAGCGAACAGAUUCUGGGUAUAGUACCGCAGGUAUCUUGGUGACACAGCAAAUCCAAUAAAACUUAGAAAAUGUUUCGAAAUCAGUACGACAGCGAUGUCACUGUAUGGAGUCCACAAGGACGGCUCCAUCAAGUAGAAUACGCCAUGGAGGCGGUCAAACUUGGUUCAGCCACCGUUGGUCUCAAGAACAAAGAUUACGCGGUCCUUAUCGCACUAAAGCGAGCUUCUUCUGAGUUAUCAUCAUAUCAGAAAAAAAUUAUUCCCAUCGAUGACCAUUUAGGGAUAUCGAUUGCCGGUAUUACUGCCGAUGCUCGUAUAUUAAGUCGUUAUAUGAGACAGGAGUGCCUUAACUAUAAGUACUCGUAUGACGACCACUAUCCUGUGGGUCGACUGAUCGCCAAUUUAGGAAACAAAAUGCAAGUUUGCACUCAACGCUAUGAUAGGCGUCCCUACGGUGUUGGACUUCUGGUUGCCGGAUACGACGAUCAAGGACCACACAUUUAUCAAACUUGUCCCAGUGCAAACUUUUUCGAUUGCAAAGCAAUGUCUAUUGGAUCCCGUUCGCAAAGUGCUAGGACCUAUUUGGAGAAACAUUUAAGUCAGUUCCCGGACUGUAGCAAGGAUGAAUUGAUUCGUCACGGUGUGCAAGCUUUACAGGAUACUCUACCUAACGAGGUGGAACUGAACAAUAAGAACAUCUCUAUUGCAAUUGUUGGAAAAGAUGAGAAUUUCCACAUUCUGGAGGAGAACGAUAAUGCUCAAUACUUGACUAAUAUUGUUCGCCGUGGCGGUGGAGGUGGAGCUCAGGCUUCCAGUGGUGGACAGCCACCAGCAGACGAUGAUCAACCGCAGCCCCCAAACGAACCAGCCGAUCCGAUCCCAGCAGUCGCGAUGGAAACUUAGAGCGAAGUAACUCGAACGAAACGUUGAACAUUGAUCAAAUUCCACUUUGCUUUGUGCGUGAGAUAAGUCAUUGUGCAACGUUAGGUUAUUUUGCAUAUAUGCCCUGUCCGAGUUUUAAGAACUACAUUUUUGUUAGGGUGGGAGUUUGAAAACACUUUCAAGCUCCCACCCUAAAACGAAUUUAAAAAAUCAGCAAGCACCUUUUUCGAUUGUUUGCUUAUGGAUCAAUAAUGAUUUGCAUUAUAUGGAAAACUCUGGUUAAUAAACUACUACUUAUCAACAA